CCACCCGACACCUCGCCUGGAUGUAGGAGGCCUGGCCGAGCGGUGACACCGAGGGUGACACCCCCAUCCCGGCAGUGGGCGACGACGGGGACCCCCCCCGCGCCCCCCCCAGCCCUCGGGGGCACCAUGAAGGACCGGCUGGAGCAGCUCAAGGCGAAGCAGGACGCGGAUGACGACGCGGACGAGCUGGAGAUCGCCGUGGACAACACGGCCUUCAUGGAUGAGUUCUUCUCGGAGAUCGAGGAGACCCGGCAGAACAUCGACAAGAUCUCGGAGAACGUGGAGGAAGCAAAGAAGCUGUACAGCCUCAUCCUCUCAGCGCCCAUCCCGGAGCAGAAGACCAAAGAUGACCUGGAGCAGCUGACGGCGGAGAUCAAGAAGAUGGCCAACAGCGUCCGGAACAAGCUGAAGAGUAUGGAGAGGAACAUUGAGCAGGACGAGGCGCGAUCCUCUGCCGACCUCCGGAUACGCAAAUCCCAGCACUCGGUCCUGUCCCGCAAGUUCGUGGAUGUCAUGACCAAGUACAACGAGGCGCAGGUGGAUUUCCGGGAGCGCAGCAAGGGCCGGAUCCAGCGGCAGCUGGAGAUCACCGGCAAGAACACCACGGACGAGGAGCUGGAGGAGAUGCUGGAGAGCGGGAACCCCUCCAUCUUCACCUCGGGGAUCAUGGACUCGCAGAUCUCGAAGCAGGCGCUGAGCGAGAUCGAGGGGCGGCACAAGGACAUCGUGCGCCUGGAGAGCAGCAUCAAGGAGCUCCACGACAUGUUCGUGGACAUCGCCAUGCUCGUGGAGAACCAGGGAUCCAUGAUUGACCGCAUCGAGAACAACAUGGACCAGUCUGUGGGAUUUGUGGAGAGGGCCGUGGCUGACACCAAAAAGGCUGUGAAGUACCAAAGUGAGGCCAGGAGGAAGAAGAUCAUGAUCAUGUUGUGCUGCAUCAUCCUGGCCAUCAUCCUGGCCUCCAGCAUCGGGAGCAUCUUCGCCUGAGCCCCCCCUCCCGCUGCCCUCCAGGUGACUGGGACAGGGACAGAGGGUGGCACGGGGGGUCCCCACCUUCCCCAAUCCCGGGGGAGCAGCUUUGGGCCUCGGUGGGGUUUGAUCCAGGUGGGACUCACCCCCUCGGGUGUCAGGGAGGGAUUGGGAGCCACGUCCCUUUCCUCGGCAUCACCUCUUGUCCCUGUCACAGGUGGCUCUUCCCCCUCCUGCCCCCCCGCCCGGAUGAUCCACGGGAGAGACCCCGGCCUGCCAAGCCCCUGGUCCCUGGAGCCCCGAGGACAUCCCGACACGUCCCUGGAGGAGUGGAGCCCCCCCUGCCGUGCUCCCCCAGUUCCCAGCUCCUCAUCCUGCUCUCCUCGGGUGAUGGCCGGUGGCAUGGAGUGGCCGGAGGGGCCGUGUCCCUCUCCGGGGGGGACACAGGGCUCUGCCUUGCUGGGAUGGCCAGAGGAGCCUCUUCCCUGCGCUCGGAGCUCCUUGGAUG